AUGUCAAACGUCAAGUCAACGUCAAACGUUAUAAUUAGGGCGGUCCGCCUGAAACUGCUGCGAGUUCCCAGCUCGCAAGUGGAGGAGAAAAACAUGACCAUGGCGCUUGUGCCAUUGUUUGGAGACCACCUCAUGUGAGCAAAUCGAAACAGAUGGGUUCACGAGUUCAAUUUGUUCAUGCCUUUGCCUGCCUGUGCUGCAGACGUGGCACGACACCUGUUCCGACGGCCUCGCUUGAUGCCGAUGUGAUUGGCAUAUAUUUCUCUGCACACUGGUGCCCGCCCUGUCAGAUCUUCACGCCUCAACUGGCUCAAGUAGGCACAUGCAUGAUGGGUACGCUCAGCUGACUCAGUCAGGUUCAUCUGCUUGCGCAAAUGAAUACGUCUGAUCUGUAUGCUGCAGGUGUACAUGGUGGCGAAGACUAUGGAGAAGAGCUUCGAGGUCAGUCGGGCACAAAACACAAAGGAUGCGCAUCGCUCGGCAGUGGGUGACUCGUGUGCUGCCUGUCUGUCGGCGUGUGUGUGUAUGCCGCGGUCAGAUUGUUUUUGUGAGUUCGGACCGAGACGCAUCAUCGUUCCAGCACUACUUCGCCACCAUGCCCUGGCUCGCCAUCCCAUUUGACAAACGUACGGACCACUCAAACACACCAAACCAUCCAUCUUCACGUAGCGCUUUUUUUCCCCUUUGUCCCUCGUCGUCAGCAACUCGGCAGGUGCUCAAGAGCCGAUAUGGCAUCAGUGGCAUUCCCAGCCUCGUCCUCAUCAAUGGCCGCGACGGCUCCCUCAUAAACAAGGAAGGCCGGCAGCAAGCCUUGCAGCCGAACUUUGUGCAGGGCCUGCCCAUGGGUGGCGGGUUGGAUGCGUCGGUGAGGGGGGUCGACUUAGAAGCGGCGUUGGAGGCCCUCGACAGCAGUGGCGUGGGGGAUGAGGAGAAGAGGAUCGGCCUAGAGACCAUCGCAACCGUCAUCAGAAAGUAAGCCGGUGGGAGGAGGGGAAGGAGGAGGGCAAGCAAGCUGUCGUGGUGGCCAUGGCGCGUGUUGGUAUCCAUCAGUGUGGUCAACCAUCCUGGCGAGGCCAAGUAUCGCACCCUCAAGAAGAGCAACAAGAGCGUGCAGCAGAAGGUACGUACGCCCAACCGGUCCAGAUGCAGCGAAUGGAUGUGCCUGCUGAUCUAUAGUAUUAUCGUGUCUGUGCGUGACUGACUGACAUGGAUGGAUGGAUGGGGGAUGCAGUUGGGUCGUCCCGAGUUCGCCCAACUGCUCAAGGUCGCGGGUUUUCGCGAGCAGCAAGACAGCUACACCAUCCCGGAGGCCAACACAAGGGACACCUCGCACAUCAAGGUCAGCUAGACAUGCGAACACACUCGCGAUCGGACCGCACACUGGCCAGGCCGGCCGGGGAUCAGUUCAGUGAGUGCUUGCUGGUGGUUGUUCAGGCGGUGCUAGACACGCUGUCGUGCUUGAUCGAGACCCUCCCGCAGCAGCAGCAAGAGCAAGAGCAGCUGCGGCAGGCAGAUGACGCACCCCAGCCUAAUGCUGAUGCAGCUGCAUGACGCGGCGUGAGAGAGGCUUGUUUGUUGGAUAGGCACACACACUGACACACUAGCUGCAUGCAUUGCCUUGCAUCGACAGAAAAUUGCUGCGCUGACACCAAGGCCGUGUACAUGUAAUUCGCAAUUCAAGAUGGACGGCUG